CAGGUCAUAAACUAUAUACAGUAUAUAUGGAUGUGAGCACUGUCGACCCUUACAAGGUGUGGCAUAUCAAGACUCUAAGAAAACUUAGAGAAGGCGAUGCAAGGGAGAUUCUCGAAAAUGUAGCUAAACAGGUGCAGCCCAUAAUGAGCAAACAUAAAUGGAGAGUCCCAAUACUCUCAGAAUUCUGCCAUCCGAAGAGCUCACUGUUGGGGCUGAAUGUAGAAAAGGGAGUAGAGAUCAAAAUUAGGUUGAGAAGGCCUGAGAAUGAGUUAGAGUUCCUGCCUUACAAUCAGAUUCUUCAAACUAUGCUUCACGAGCUAUGUCACAACGACUAUCGCCAUCAUUCUCCUCAAUUCUAUCAACUUCUUGAAUUAAUCAAACAGGAAUGCGAUGAAGUACUAGUUGUUGAAGGAAUUAAAGCAAGCAUGCAGCAAUUAGGUUUAAAUAAUAUUGAUGAUGGAGUAGGAGUAGGAGUAGGAGUAGGAGUAGGAUUUAGCUCAAAUCUUCUUACAGAUGCAGGAGAGAUGUUGCCCGAUGAUGUAUGGUGUGAAUUGUUAUUAUCCAAAUCCUUGGUAACUGAUGAAGGAUCAUCAUCAGGUUCUUCUUCGUUACCAUUAUUAGAACCACCUAAACCUAGUACAGGAACAACAACUCACAUGAUGAUUAUAGACAAAAUGUGGGAAUGCAGCAUUUGCACAUUACAUAACAAGUCAGAAGUGGUUUCGUGCGAAGCUUGCGGUAUUCCUAGGGAAGGAGACGAGUGGUGUGAAAAGAAGGUAUGGUGUUGCAAAUUCUGUACAUUGAACAACAGCAUCAAAGUGGAGAGGUGCUUGCUUUGUGGAGAAUGGAGAUACUCAUAUGGAAUGUAACAACACCACCUAAUAUUUGUAAUCAAAUUCAAACAAUAGCUUAGGGUUAAAAGGCUUUUCUUCAUUUCUAUCUGUAAUCAAAUUUCACAUUAUAAUGUGUAUGUAUGUAUGUAAGAAGAUAGAUUAAAGUCCAUUUGUGGUCACUAAUUAGUAAGAAAUUCCAUGUACUGAAAUUGGGGGGCAACAUAAAUAAUAGUAUCCCUUUGAAAAUUAAUUAAUACAACAACAACCACAUUUUAUUAUUA